AUGAACAACCAUUACCAUCCAACCGGACACCGAGACGCCAAGACAUAUGCCGGCGAUCGACCCUGGCCUCAGUGGCCGGGGGUUCCGUCUGGUUUGUCCAGCUCAUCGGGGCUCUUGCAGAACCGUUAUUACGCACCCGCCGGUCCCUUUCCCCUCCUCCCUUACUUCGGCGAGCUCGGAGCAGGCCCGGACACAGCCAUGAACCAGGCCAAACGCCAGAGGGCUGAAGUCAGCUACCAGCAGCCGAGGCCUUACCCGACGGGCCGCGGGACCGGAUCCAUGGGCUACCAAAGCAAGGUGCGGGUAACAGACAAGUACAAAGUCGUCGGCUUCAUCAGCAGCGGCACGUAUGGCCGCGUCUACAAGGCCCUGGGCCGUCACGGCCAGCCGGGCGAGUUCGCCAUCAAGAAGUUCAAGCCCGACAAGGAAGGGGAGCAAGCAUCGUACACGGGCAUCUCGCAGUCGGCCGUUCGGGAGAUGGCGCUGUGUUCCGAACUCCACCAUCCCAACGUGAUCCGGCUAGUCGAGAUCAUCCUGGAGGACAAGUGCAUCUUCAUGGUCUUCGAGUAUGCCGAACACGACCUGCUGCAGAUCAUCCACCACCACACCCAACAACCCCGCCAUCCGAUACCACCCAACACCAUCAAGAGCAUCAUGUUCCAGCUGCUCAAUGGCUGUCAAUACCUCCACACGAAUUGGGUGCUGCACCGCGACCUCAAGCCUGCCAACAUCAUGGUGACCUCGAGCGGUGAGGUCAAGAUCGGCGAUCUCGGACUCGCCCGUCUCUCCUACAAGCCUCUCCACAGUCUUUACGGCGGGGAUAAAGUGGUGGUCACAAUAUGGUACCGAGCACCCGAACUGCUUCUUGGCAGUCGGCACUACACGCCGGCGAUCGACAUGUGGGCUCUGGGCUGCAUCUUUGCCGAGCUGCUCUCGCUGCGACCGAUAUUUAAGGGCGAGGAAGCCAAGAUGGACAGCAAGAAAACGGUGCCGUUCCAGCGAAACCAGAUGCAGAAGAUCGUUGACAUUAUGGGCCUCCCGACGAAGGAGCGCUGGCCGUUGCUGACCAGCACCACCGAGUACAGCCAACUCUCGACCCUCCAGCCCCCCAUCCACCACGGUGGACACCACGGUCACCACUACCAAUCACAACGCCAAGCAGCAGCAGCCAACGCCGGAGUAAGCCACCUCGAGAAGUGGUACUACAACACCAUCAACCAACAAACCGGCGGGUCCGGCCCUGGGUCGGGCACGAGCCCGCUGGCGAGCCUCGGGGCGGAGGGGUACAAGCUGCUGGCGGGCCUGCUCGAGUACGACCCGCAGCGACGGCUGACGGCGGCGGCGGCGCUGCAGCACCCCUUCUUCAGCACCGGCGACCCCGUCAGCGCCAACUGCUUUGAGGGCCUCAAGACCGAGUACCCGCACCGCCGCGUCAGCCAGGACGAUAACGACAUCCGCACCAGCUCGUUGCCGGGGACCAAGCGUAGUGGCUUGCCCGACGACUCGCUCCGUCCUGGGAAGCGCGUUAAAGAGGGGUAG